ACGUUCAUAUUUAAAAUGGGCUCCGCUUGGGCUAAAUUGGGCUUUUAUCUUCUGAUGGGCUUUGAACCAUUUCCUCUCUAUAAAAUGUCUGAUAUUAUAUUUUUUCUCAAGAGAUACUUCUUUUCUCCGUCACUGUUUCACUCUGGUUUUUCAAUGGCUACAGACAACAAAUCAAAGCAAAAAAAUGGCAACAAAAACAAGAAUAGGCAACGUUAUCGUCCCAACAAUAAAGCAGUGAAGAAAGGUGGAUACCCUUUAAGGCCAGGAGUACAAGGGUUCUAUAUAACAUGUGAUGGUGGUAGAGAAAGACAAGCUUCUCAAGAAGCUGUUAAUGUUAUUGACUCUUUUUAUGAAGAGCUGGUGCAGGGGACAAAUUCAAAAUUCGGACAGGGAGAAUUAUCAGAAAAACCUGUAAACAAAAAGACUGUUUUCAAAUAUUCUGAUUCUUCUAGCAGCGAUGAUGAUGAAGAUGACGACAACGUUAAUGAUGAGAACCAGACCAAGGAGGAGACUUCAAAAGUUGAGCAACAUGAGGAGAAAACUGAUGAUGAGGUUGGCAGCUUAAAAGCUGGUAAAUCCGAGCCUGAAAACAAGGAUAACAUCUCUACUGAUGAACAAAUACAAGGAAAUACUGAGAAUAAAGAGGAGCCAGUCGAGGCAACUCAUGAACAGAAAGAUAUUGACGUUGGGGAGCCACCUGCAAAGAAACAAUGUGUUGAAAGAGAAGCACCAGAAUCUGGAAAUAUUGCAUCUGGCAAGACAGAGGAGAAAUCUAUUGAUAAACUAAUAGAAGCUGAGCUUGCUGAGUUGGGAGACAAAAGCAAGAGGCGUUUUAGCUACCUAGACUCAGGUUGCAACGGUGUUGUGUUUGUUCACAUGAGCAAGAAAGAUGGAGAUCCUAACCCUAAGGAAAUCGUUCAACAUAUGAUGUCCUCGCUUGCCUCGACAAAGAGACAUGUAUCAAGGUUCAUAUUGAGAGUGUUACCAGUUGAAGUAACAUGUUAUGCAUCAGAGGAGGAAAUUGGAAAAGCAAUAACGCCUCUCAUUACAAAAUACCUAACUGCUGAAAACGACACUCCGAAGAAGUUUGCAGUGCUUUAUGAAGCCCGAGCAAAUACUGGAAUCAAUAAGAUGAAAAUCAUUGAUACUGUGGCUAAAGCUGUCCCUUCACCUCACACAGUUGAUCUUAGCAACCCUGAAAUAAACAUAGUGGUUCAAAUAGUCAAGACUGUGUGCUUGCUUGGAGUUGUUGAGAAGUACAAGGAGUUGUCCAAGUAUAACUUGAGGCAGCUUACCUCUAAGAAUUAGUUCUACUGAGACAUCAUACAGAGUUUCAGUUAAAGCAUCGGGAUCGAAGAGAAUUCUGCUGGGCGCUUUAAAAUCUGCCAUGUUUUAGGACAGUUUGAAGGAAGUUCUGCAUCCAACUAUCGAUGUUUUAGGUUAGGUUUAUAGUGUAAUAUGGUUAGAAUUCCUAUACCGAGGGGUUUGAAAUUUUACUGGAACUUUAUGUUAAAGAGUUAUUAUGUUUUCAGUUCUGAACUUCUGGCAAUAAUUAACACAGUUUAACUUUACAGUA